AAAAGCUUGUAUGCUGCUGACCGCUGACCCACGAGUGUUGCUGAAUUGAGGUUAUCGAUAUCCAUUACUACUUUACUCAAUUAUUCUCCUCCUCUUUUCACACUUCUUGCUCAACACUCAUCGUUCAUCUCUCUGCUGUCGUCCUUUCCUUCUCUCUCAGUAUCCCAGACGAACAUAUCACUAGCGUCGUUCAACGAGCCAGUCUGCCUGCCUGCUUAGUACUCUUCUAGCUGUUUUUUGCAUCUUAAUGAGCCGACUAAAUCUACUUCUCCCUCCCUAAAUGCUUUUCCAUGGUUAAUUUCCAGCUAAAACUACUACUAAAGAAUAGACUCGAACAAACGCGUGUUAAUGGGUCAAGUCUCUUCUUCCUCCUCCUCUUGGCCUGGGUUGGGUAUUGGCAUUGGUGGUAAAAAUCACUUUUAUCAUAGUGAAGACUUCACGCUGACAUUACCAGACGAAUGCCUGCCAUGGAUUUUUGGCAAGCUUGGCUGUCAUGACAGGAACAACUGCUCCCAGGUAUGCAAGCGUUGGAGGCAUGUGGAUUCCAAGUCAAGGAAAAGUCCCGUCUUAGUUGCUCGCUCUGAGAUUUCUCCUUGGCUCCCUUCACUUCUCUCUCGCUUCAACUCCAUCUCAGUCCUCUCCCUCAAAUGCUCCCGCAAGCUUGUUAGCGUCGACGAUGAUAAUCUGGCUCGCAUUCCCACCUUGCUGCCUUCCCUCAAGAAGCUCAAGCUCAAGGGCUGCGUCGACAUUACUGACAACGGUCUCCAAGCAUUCUCCGUGCACCGCCCUCCUCUUCUCACUAAUCUCUCCUUUGCUUCAUGUGGGGACGGUAGCAGAGGCAUCGUUUCUCUUCUCGUAAACUGCCCUUCUCUUAAAGAUCUCACACUAAAGCGCCUCUGCAAGCUUGACGCCCAAAGCAUUUCUUUGUCACUCCAAGACCAUGAAGAAGAGAACCAAUCCUACUUCAACGAAAUAUUAAACACCAGCAUUUGCUAUAAUCGUAAUAAGCUUGAGAGGUUGAGCCUCAAGGAUCUUCACAAUGCUGCCCUUUUCAUUCCACUUCUCUGCUCCUCUGCUCAGACGCUUAAGACCUUGAUUGUCUGUAGGAGUUCUGGAAACUGGGAUGCAGUACUGCAGAGCCUUCAGACUACUACUACUACUACUAGCAUUGUGGAGAUACAAAUGGAAAGCGUGCAAAUCGGGGAUCCAGGCCUCCUUGCUAUCAGCAGCUUCUGUCCUCACCUUCAAGUGCUCUACCUCAGCAGGGCUACUGAUUGUACAGAUGAUGGAUUAUCUGCCAUCGGCAACUCCUGCAGGAACCUCCGGAAGCUGCACAUUGAUGCGUGGAGCAGGUUUGGCAGCCGGGCCAUUGGCGAGGAGGGCUUCUUGUCAAUUGUAACGAAAUGCCCUGGCCUCCAAGAGGUAGUACUCAUCGGAGUGCCCAUAACUGGUAUCUCUCUGAAUGUCCUCGCUUCCAGCUGCCCUAUUCUUGAAAGAAUGGCACUUUGUAACACCGAUUCUGUGGGGGACUCGGAGAUGCAGUUAAUUGGUGUUAAGUUCAUUGCAUUGAAGAAGCUCUGCAUUAAGAACUGCCCUAUCUCCGACUCCGGGAUUAAAGCCGUGGGCGAAGGGUGCCCGAGUCUAGUGAAGUUGAAGUUGAAGAGAUGUCGAGGGGUCACACAGGCAACUGUGUCAAAGCUAAGGAUCUGGAGGAAAUGUUUGAUUGUUUCCAUGGAUUGCGGUUCCAUUUUAGUAGAUGAAGAAGGGUUGGCGGAUGAUGAAUUACAUUCAGAGGAGGGUGGAAUUCACAGGAGAGGAAUAGUGCCACCUGCAUUGCCAAACACUAGGAUCAGUACAAGGAGGACACAUGUAAUUUGCAGCGGCAGAGGUGCUCUCAUGCUCGGGUCUAGGCUUGUGAAUGCUUUACAUCUUAAUAAUAAUAGUGUAGAUACCCCAUUUUGUCCGGUGUUUUUUGUCAAUUGAGACUAAUUCAAGUUCGAUUGUAGGGAUUUUUAU